AUGAACGUACCAGAAGCACCUAUAUUCCCCCUUCUUGAAGGCAAGGUUGCCAUCAUCACAGGCGCUGCCCAGGGCAUGGGCAAGGCUACCGCUUCUGUCUUUCUCCGAGCAGGGGCUAAGGUAGUCAUUGCCGAUGUGAAGGCAGAGCAGGGGGCUCAGGUUGCAGAGGAGCUUUCUGCUUUGGGAGAAAUCCGUUUUGUGGAGACUGACAUCUCCAAGUCAGAGGAUGUACAGAACCUCAUUGAGCAGACAGUCGACGCCUUCGGCAAAUUGGACGUGGCAAUCAACAAUGCGGCAAUGUCCCCCGAUAAGACUCCCCUGAUUGACUUUGACGAGUCAUAUUGGCGCAGGUUGAUGGAUGUCAGUUUGACUGGUACCGCGCUGUGCUGUAAAUAUCAGAUGCAGCAAAUGGAAAAGCAGGGCUCAAAGGGCUCUAUUGUCAAUAUUGCUUCCAUCAACGCAUAUUCACCCCAGCCGAAUAUGCCAGCAUACACUGCGGCUAAGCAUGCACUUCUGGGCUUGACCAAGCAUGCGGCAACUGAAGGUGGUCCUAAGGGUAUCCGAGUUAACGCCAUUGCACCUGGAGCAAUCUUCAGUGAAAUGUCGGUCGCAGCAUUGGAGAUAAUGGGAACCACUCAUGAUGAGUUUGCGCCCAAGGUUAGCAGCUUAAACAGGUUCGGACAGGCCCAUGAGGUAGCGCAGGGGUCACUUUGGCUUGCAUCCGAGUGUUCGUCAUACAUAAAUGGAAUUUGUCUGCCGAUUGAUGGAGGAUUUCUGGCCAAAUGGUAG